AUGCAACCCAAUAUCCAGGUCGUUCUUCGUAGCCUUCCCGAACGUGCAGAAGAACCAGACAUUGACAAACACCUGAAGUCGAUGGGUGCCAGCAUCGAACAAGUCAAUCUCAUCAGAGAUCGUGAUACAGGCGAAUCGAGAAAAUUUGCGUUUGUGCGAUUCACAAGCGUGGGCCAUGCCGUGGAAUUUAUGGAUAAAUAUUAUCCAUACUUUUUCAUGGGUCAUCAGCGGGUUCGACUGGACUAUAGUCGAAAGGAAGGCAAUCGCGAAGACGCGGUAGAGUGGCGCUGCUCAAACUGUGGUAAAUUCAAUGAAGAUUCACGUCGAGCAUGCGUAGAAUGUCGCACACCGUUUGAAAGUAAGUCGAGUCAAAAAGAAACGCAUUUAUGGGACGAUACGCUUCAUGAUGGAUGGUAUUUUUUGUAG